AAUAAACUUAUUCUACACGUACUUAUCUAUGACAGUUGUUAUCCAUUCGUUCGAUGUGAAAUUAGUGAUUUUCUGGAUUUUACUGUCGGAGUUUGGAAAAUAAUGUUCCUAAUCAAUCAAAAAGGUGGCACUACGAAAGAGAGACUGGGUGCCAGUAUUAAACGACGUGGUGCUAUACAGAUACUACUUGGUCUUGGCUGUUUGAUUGCAGGUUUUGUUUCCAUUGGAAUAGACAGAAAACAGUUCGACAAGCCAGUAAGAGAAAGCGUCGAAGAAGGAAGUGUGACAAAUGGCACUUCCUUUGACGUGAAAUAUGUUGUUCUUGGACUAGAUGCUGGUGCGGUAGUUUCUGCUAUUUGGGUCUUAAUCACAGGUGCAGUGCCAGCUUAUAUGGCAAGGAAUACUGAUUACAAUGUGAUUAAAACGAAAGUGGCUUUCAUGGUAUUCAGCAUCAUGGCUGCAGCAUUGUUUGUACCAAUCAUGACCGGAGCUGCCAUUGCCACCUAUGUGAUCCGUAAAAGUCACCAGGGAUUAACAGUUGCGUUAGGUGUGAUGUCUCUUCUAGAGUUCAUUGUUGCCAUUCAAUCAUCAGUCUUCUGCUGUACGUCACCAUGGGCUGCUUGCAAAAUGGCGAAAAAAGAUAAAGAACAGAAAGAAAUAGAAAAUGGCAACUAUGAAAAACAGAUGUCAAAAGAAGAACUUCCAGAAUAUACCCCUUAGAUACCUUAAAAUUUAACACAGGACUACAUGCAGAUUGCCAAAAUUCCAUACAAUUUGUUUAAGCUUUAAAUAGUUUAUUCCCACCUUCGUGAAAAUGUGUAUGCUUUCAGUACUAUAUUGAACGAACAUCAAAAUAUUAUGAUAUAUAUGAUAUCAAUACAUAUUUAUUAUAAACAUCUUUAUAUGACAUUAGAACUGUUAAUUCUAAAACACGACGAUUAGGUGACACAUAACUUCAUUGCAAACAGAAAAUACCUUGUUUUUCCAAUAGUCAAUAGCAAAAUAUUUUAACUUUUGAUGUAAAAAAAUUAGCUGAUGUUUUACUAAAAACAUAUUAUAGAAAACCUUGAUAUGUUAUCAGUAUGCACCUAAAAUCAUUAAAUUCAAAUUCCACAGAACAAACAUGCAUGUUCAUGUGUGUCUUUCUUGUUUUUCCUUUAUUGGUUUGUUACAAAUGAAUCCGUUAUUUUUCCGUUUGAAAUUAUUAAAAUAUUUUCAAGUCGGGGGCAUUUAUUAACGACAAUACAGUAAAGGAUAAUACUCAUUUUGAAGGUCUUACGGUUGCCUUUAAUCGCUAGAUUCCAUAAUUUGUUAAAUAGUUGUCUCAUUGGCAAGCAUACCACAUCUCCAUAUUAUCAUGUUUCAUCUAAAGUGUACAAUGUACAUUGAAAUUGGGUAUGCAUUCAUCAAGAUCUUUC